AAAGCCCAAUACGUCUCUUCUUCGGCAUCCGCGAGGGGCAGCUUCUUCUUCCAUCUCGCGUGAGCGCAGCGUCCCCUUUCUCCAUUUCGCUCAGACCACAGCAGCUACAGAGCCCCUUGGAUUCGCCUCCGCCUCCGUUCAGCCAAGCCGCCGUCGCUGGGACUGUCGCCGGCAACGCCGGUCGGGGUCGGGAGAGCCGCCAGAGCUCCUCUUCCUUUCCUUCACAAGCAUUAGGGUUUCUCUCAUCCUCUCCAACCUUCACAGUGCUCACCAGGAACAGCAGAGGCGUCGUUGCGGUCGCUCCCAGUCCAGCCAGAUCCUCCCUUUGUCACCGCGCUGACGGCCGAAGACGCCGCGGGCCCCGCCGGCGGCAUUCCCCCUCUUCGCUCUUCUCUUUUGGAAACUCCUUCUCAUCCAUUCGAAAUCGGGAUUGGGGCCUGGCAGCCACUCCGCCGACAUAAGACGAAGGAUAGGAAUGGAUCUUCUGUGGAACGCGUAUUCGAAUGUCUCGGAUGACGAAGAACAACCCAAACGACAAAGACUAUCAUUCUCUUCCUCUAAUCCGCCAAAACGACAUCUUCCUUCGCCGUCUCCUCCUCCUUUAUUUCACCAAACGCAAUCUACCAUUCCUGGAAGUUACAUUUCAAAACGGCAACGCGCUCUGAUGGGUCCCACCCCUGCCCCUCUUCCUGACCCUGUUCCUGUUCCGUCUCCGUUCACCCUACCAGGUAGUAUUUCAGUCACUGAUGUACACCAUAAUAUUUUGUCGCUGUUGAAAAGUAAAGCAAAGGAUCAUCAAAGUCAAAACCUGAUAUCUGAAAAGCUAUCUGCAACUUUAUCCGGGCAUACUAAUGCAGUCAAUGCUAUACAUUGGUCAUCAACUCAUGCUCACCUCCUUGCAUCUGCUGGGAUGGAUCACACAAUUUGCGUAUGGAAUGUAUGGAGCAGAAAUCAGAAGAAAGCGUGUGUGCUAAACUUUCACAAUGCAGCAGUCAAAGAUGUGAAAUGGUCUCAGCAAGGCCACUUUCUACUUUCUUGUGGAUAUGAUUGCACAUCAAGGUUGGUCGAUGUUGAAAAGGGAUUGGAGACUCAAGUUUUCAGAGAAGAUCAAAUUGUUGCAGUUAUAAAGUUCCAUCCAGACAAUUCAAAUAUCUUCCUUUCUGGAGGUUCAAAGGGCCAUAUCAAAUUAUGGGAUGUCAGAACGGGCAAAGUAGUUCAUAAUUAUAAUCGAAAUUUAGGUCCAAUUCUCGAUCUUGAGUUCAUAAUGAAUGGGAAGCAAUUCAUUUCUUCUUGUGAUGUAUCUCAAAGUAAUAUCAGUGAGAACGCUAUUAUUGUUUGGGAUGUUUCAAGGGAGGUACCAUUGUCAAACCAGGUUUAUGCAGAAGCUUAUACAUGUCCUUGCGUGAGGCUGCACCCAUUUGAUUCAAUUUUUGUUGCCCAGUCAAAUGGAAAUUAUGUUGCAAUCUUUACCUCCACACCACCUUACAGGCUCAACAAAUAUAAGCGAUAUGAGGGUCAUGUGAUAUCUGGGUUCCCAAUCAAGUGCAGUUUCAGCUUGGAUGGGAAAAAACUUGCUUCUGGCUCUUCAGAUGGUUCUAUCUUCCUUUAUGAUUAUCAGUCAUCCAAAGUUGUGAAGAAAAUCAAGGCCCAUGACCAAGCAUGCAUAGAUGUUGCGUUCCACCCCAUUAUACCUAAUGUUAUUGCUUCAUGCUCGUGGGAUGGAAGUAUUUUGGUAUUUGAGUAGUGAUAGCCAUUAUCAUCCCAUUCCAGGGCAAUCUUUAAUUUUCUCAAAAGUCAAUGGGCAUGCAUUUGGUUGCUUCUAGAAAAUGAUUUGCUAGGAGAGUGGAAAACUCUAGCUUUCUCUUAGUCUAGGCAGCUGUUUCUUGUUUAUUAGAUACUCUGUGAAUAAUGAAACCUCCCACAAGUCAAAGUUUUCUUAAAUGUGUGCCUUUUACUGUUA